CUGAAACCAGUAUACAACCCUGCCUCAUACAACCCUCUAAACGCUCUUACAAAUGAACUCUCAUUCACUUGCCAUCUUGCUCUUGGCUGCCACUGCUGCACCCGCAAACUCGCUUCCUGCCGGUCCUGCCGGUCCUGCCAACCCCGCUGGUCCAUCUCCCGCUGCUGUGCCACCAGAGAACCUAAGUGAGAAGCUGUCCAACCUCGAUAACUUUUCCACUAACCCUAUCCCUGAUCAGGACAAUUUUAUACCUGCUGCCAGCCUGAACCAGCCCAAAACGCCGGUUGACUCUCCGCAGUUUUUCCUUCCUUUCAUGCCGCUCUCGCUCCAGCAGAUCCAGCAGCAGCAGCAGCAGCUCAUGCAGCAGAUCAAGAACAAGCAUCAGUCGCAGCAGAUCAAGAGCCAGCAACAACCGCAACAGCAACCGCAGCAGCAAAACUCUGCUGAUAAACUGUCGCACCAGUUCUGGGUCCAUCCGGACGGCAGCGUGUUCCGGCCGGCUCCCGGAGAUAUUUCCAGUGAUUCAACCGACGCCCCGUCCAAGCAGCUUAGCCGCCGCUGGUUCCCUGGCUAUGGCCCGUAUGGCGGCCACUACCCAGCAUAUCCCCCUUACUCGGGCCUUGACCUUGAUCUUGGUCUCGGUCUCAGUCUCGGACUGCACAUCUAACCACCACUGUCCUUCUACAUUAAAUUACGUUGUUAUUACUCGCAUCAACAAUA